AUAUUAAUAAUAACUUAAAAGAUUUUUCAAAUAUAUUACAGUAUGGUGGACAAAGGGUGCCUACAGCCUCCUCUCCAGCUAAUACUAAUAGUAGUUCUAGCAGUGCUACCGGCAGUCGAAGUGGGACAAUGAGCACAAGUCUUAGCAAUAAUGCUAUACAAGGACAGCAAGCAGAACAGUUAUCAAAAACAAAUUUAUAUAUUCGUGGCCUCAACCAAAACACUACUGACAAGGACCUCGUUAACAUGUGUUCUCAAUAUGGAACUAUUACGUCUACAAAGGCAAUCUUGGAUAAAAAUACAAAUAAAUGUAAAGGUUAUGGAUUUGUAGACUUUGAAUCACCAGUGGCGGCAGAGGGUGCUGUGAAAGCACUGGUCGCCAAGGGCAUCCAAGCGCAGAUGGCGAAAGUGGGUAUCUGGGUGCUCCCUAGACUGCCCAGUGAGCAAGACCCCACCAAUUUGUAUAUUGCAAAUCUGCCACUGAGCUUCAAAGAAAAUGAUGUUGAAGGUUUACUAGCUCAGUAUGGACAAGUUAUUUCAACGCGCAUAUUGCGCGAUACUGCUGGACAAAGUAAAGGUGUUGGAUUUGCAAGAAUGGAAUCUAAAGAAAAAUGUGAACAGAUAAUUCAGAUGUUUAAUGGAAAAGCACUACAAGGUGCUAAAGAUCCUUUAUUGGUGAAAUUUGCAGAUGGUGGUAAUAAGAAAAAAUCAUUGUACAAAAGUACAAUAUGGAGAGAAACUGGAGAGAACAUGACUUUGAAUUAUGAUACAAGUGGUGUUGGUCAAAAUGGGGUUGCAGCUACUCAUAUGCUACCUGCAGCUACUUUAACACAGUAUAGUCGUCAUUAUGGUCAAGCUUUACCUGGUUACAGUGUACCAGGAACGCCUUGGGUGACUCCUUAUUUGGUGCAGACUGCCCCUCCACAUAUGCAACAGGUCGACAUGAUGCCAUCAGCUGAUCCCAGUAAUCCACAAUACAGUAUGAUUCCUCAACUUACUACACAAAUGUCUACAUUACAUCUUGGCACUGGUUCCUAUAUAGCAGCAAGCCCACAUCCCUAUCCUUAUACUUAUCCUCCUAGCAUUAUUCAUACCAUGCCAUUGGGUGAUUCUGAACAAACAAGCAAUGCAGCAUCUCCUGAUGAUUCUUACCAACAAUAUCAAGCUCAGCAGCCCAAGUAGGCUAUGGUUUUUAGAUAUGAUUACAUCGAGGGGUAUAUAAGUUAGGACAGCCACACCUGUUGAUAUGAAGGAUUAUAUUAAUGAAGAAUAGAUGAGACUAAAUACAUUACAUAAAGUCAGAUAAGAUUCUUCCUCAUGAUAAUUGACUUGCCAGCCAUCUUUUAUACAUUUUAUCCAUCAGAUAAAUAGGUGAAAGUAGUUAAUAUUUUCCAACGAUUAGAGAAUGAAUGUUGUCAUAAAAAAGGGGUACGAGUGCUCGUGUCUACAUUGUUCGGCACCAGCACGGCUCCAUACGCUGUAAUGCCAACACAUCAUUACGACAGUGACAAAACUGAUAUUCUGCGACGAACAGUUUAGUGUCAAGCUAAUAGGCUUCCAGGAUUAACUUUAGGUAUUACAUUUAUUAAGGAGAUGAUAAGUUGAAGCUGAACGCUUGAGAGUGUGAAUAAAAUAUUUUAACAAAAACUGUAAACUAUAAAAGAAACGCUGCUCAGAAAUACAAAGGAGAAUUCUUCCCAAGAAGUAAUAAUAAUAAUAAUAUACAGAGAAAAAAAGCACUUCCAAAUGCUAGAGUUGAUAAAGAAAAAUAAAAUUCAGAUUCAGUUACUUAUAAUCAGUACCUACUGGACUUUCGUGCCAGCUGGCUGGCCGGUGGCUGCGCUGCGAAGAGAAGAAGCUAUGGAUCAGUAUCUCUUUUUCGAAUAAUAAAAAAAAGAGCUCUUUCUUAACAGCACACACCACCCCAUCCACUAAUUGCACCCUCAUCAGAUUAUUUCUUUUUGUUUUCUUCUGUUUCGUUCAGACAUUCCAAGCCAGGCACAUAUUGUAUGUAUGUAUUGCCACGCGGAGAUUUUUAUCUACUUUUACAAGUACAGUUUUCGCGUUCUCUUUUAAUCACGAAUGAAUAUAUUUUAUGGACGAAAAAGAAAUGAAGAUUUUAAGAGAAAAAGAAAAAAAUAAAGCUUUAUUUCUAAAAGAAAAAAAAACUUCAGGAUAUAUGUAAUUAUUGUAACAAGAAGGAAAGGAACAUAGUACUUUUUAGAAGAUUUAUAUUUAUGAGUACAGUUACUACGAAUCGAUAUCAGUUUUAAUUGUACAGUGAAUACAGAUAUUUUUUUUAGAAUUGUGCCUUUUCAGACAAAUCCGCUAGACAGGGAUAUGCUGAAAAAUAUUAUAAUAUAUUUUUACGUCGGUAUGUAAAUGCGAAACUUGAGCCAAAUUUUGAUCUUCUAGUUAAGAGAAUAUAAUUGUUUUUACGUUGUAGCCACUUAAAUAUCACUACGUUUGUUUUUUGGUUACAAAUUCGAAUAGAUUUUGUAUGUGUAUAGUUGCCACUAAUGGGAUUGAUGGGCCGAAAACAUCUGUAUGGUCUAUAUGAAGUCUAGGAAGAAAAAAAAAUGAAAUCAAAUGGCGGAUCAUUGUAAACCAAGAAUAAUUUUCACCGCCUGAAAGAAAAUAAGAGAAACAGAGUAGGCUUGUUACAACGGAAUAUGAUAGGUAGAGUAUAAAUUAAUUUAUUAUAUCGAAAGAACGAAUAAAAUCGUGUUACAAAUGAAAACGAAAAAGAUAAUGGGAUUGGAGCUGAACGAUAGGCGAGAGGAUUGAACGCGAGGAAACAAAAAGAAACGAAAUAAAAAUAUAAAUCGAGGAUUUUCUAUCUAUAUAUAUAUCUCGAAAAAGAGAGAGAGAAAGAUUAGAAAAAGAAAAAACACCCUUCUCUCCUGCGUUCCUCUAAGCCCGUUUUUACAUCCGGUACAGUUUUCACGUUGUCUGACUUAGAUCGAGUCGAGGAACGAUUAGCAGAAAGCUUUCUACCAAAUAUUGCGAGCUUUGGGCUCGAAGUGGCGGGCAGGUAGUUAGAUAGAGUUAGAGGCGAUCGUAGCUAUUAUUAUAAUAUUACAAUAAUAUGCUGUAUUAUUAUAAUUAAUGAUUACUAUUAUUGACAUCAUCUAAAGUAUGAAAGAUUUUUACACUGUUGAGACUUGAAGUAAAUAAUAUAUUUAGUUUAUUUUGGUACAUCACGAUUUGAUGACAAGAGAUAAAAGAUGAAAAAAAUGGUAUGAGCUAUUUUUUAAGAGACCGAUUAUUACUCGAUUUGAGUCCAUGCAUUAAGAGAGAAAAAAAGAAUAAGAGAGCGAGAGAACGAAAGAAAGAAAAGCGAAAAGGAAAACCUAUUUGCGAGUGUGUAAUUGUUUGCACAAGCGAUUGUCACCACGACUGACAACAAAAAUCACAUGUGAUUAAAUAGUGAAUUUUGAAGAAUUUUACUAAUAGACUUGUACUAAAUAACUAAUUAUUAUUGUGACGACCAAAACAAAGAAGAGCAGCAUUUUUAUAGUGCUGACCGAGCGGAAGAACGAUGGUUCGGCUGAAAAAAAUGCCAGCUCCCGCAGAUACGGAGCCGCACUGGAGAGCAGGCAGAGAAGAGAAAAAGAGAGUGAAGAAGUCAUGGAUGUAAGAAGCAGAGUGAAAGAAACUUGAAAGGAUAAAUGAAAGUGCGUGAACGAAGAAUAAAAAGAAAAUAUGUGUGAAAAG